ACGAGUACAUAACACAGAGGGGGCGGACUCUCCCGGGCUCUCUGCACCUUGUUAUUGGUCCCAACCAGGCAGUUGUGUAAUGUACGUGCAACUCCGGGCACAUUGUGUGAAAAUGCGCAAAUUCAGAUAAAGGAGGCGGAUCUGGAGCCAUCGCCUCCGUCCAGAGCUUAACGGACUAUAUAGCCACGGGAAAACACGAGGCUUUUUGGAAUAAACCCCCCUCCACUUACGGUACAGAGAAGGGAAAGAAAGGGGGGUCUUCUGUGAGCGUUUGCCGGAGAAGACGGAAGCCAUCUGCAAGGAGGACAACCGCUUUAUCUUAGGACUGGUAAAGAAAACCGAGACGUGGUGUCUUUGACGGAACUCUGCUCAGUGAUUGUUAACAACUCGGACGAUGUAGCCGGGGAGCCACGAAGGAAACCCGGCGGCGAAGCACUCCGGAGCCACACGCAGCACCGAUCUGAUUUCCAUUCAGUUCUAACUCAGAUCAUCUGGACCGUCCUUACAUAUGGAAGAAAAGGAUUGGGUCAAAUAAGGCCCAUCUUCUGGUCCCUGCAGAGAAUGGCUCAAGGGUGGGAUUCGUACCUCCAUAACAUCCCACCACUAUCAUCAGAUCCAAGGACAUCAGAGGCAGAACAUUUGGAGAACUUCAUUGAACAUGACUUCACCGACUCGUAUGAAGCCCCUGCCAUCAACUCAAACAUCAACACAAAUCCCGGUAUUGAAAAUUCUCAUUCAGACUUUGCUUAUCAAAAAUACUACGAAGAAACGCAAUGGCAAGCUGUUAAAGAACAAAUGGAAAAGGAUUUGCAGAGUUGUGGAACUGGAGAAAUCACAGACUUUGGCACAGACGGAUUAUCAACAUCAGGAACUUUUCCUUCAUCUCUUGAAAAAGAUUUACAAGAACUCAAGCAAGACUGUGAAAUCCUAGCUACAUCAUUACUUGAGGAUUACUCAGAUGUCAGUAACUGCUCGAAUGCAGAUGUCAUUGAAAAUAGGCCCUCUUGUAAAUUCAUGGCAAGUGAUCCGGCUCCAAAAUCUGCAAUUGAUUUUGGUGAGAAACACUCCCCAGAAUGGCCGUUCACCGAUACUGGAAUCAUGCAUCCAACUGAUAGUCUUUGUACUGACAUGUUAGAGAUUAAUGCACAUUUUCCAAAUGCAUCAAUUGUUAAAGCAGGAGAAAACCUAGUUAGGUGUCCAGAAGAGAAGGUUGAAAGUCCAGAAAAAAACUUCAAAUCUUACACAGGACACAAUAAUAUAUCCUCUUCUUCACACAGAGGUGCAAAUAUAGGGAAUGAGGAUAGGAAUGAUGGUGAUGGUUGUAAAGAUAAGAAACAAGAGGAUAAUAUUGAGGGAGAGCUCGUACUAGGAAAUCCUCCAGUCAUCUUGAUAAAUGGCCUUGAAAACGUGUCUGGCGAUGGAAUCGAAGAGUGCCCAAAAGACAAUGAGGAAGAGCAGGCCACUUCUUCUACCCCCAAUAUUGUGACUACAGAAGAAGUACCAAAAGAGACAAUAACAGAAUCAUUAAACAAAGAAAAUGAGGAAUUGGGUAAUCUUAAUUCCACAGAAAGUCAAGAUAGAAUUAUUAAAGAGGAUAAGCAAGACAAAAGUCAAGACUCGAAAAUGGAAACAAAAGAAUCUGCUUCAAUAGGAAUUGAGAUCUCUGAAGAGCAGAAUCCACCAAAUUCCAACUCCACUGACAGUCAUGAUGAAAAUAGACAAACUACCUGUAAGAAUGAAGGUAUUGAGUCAAACACCCCUCAAUCUACGGAAACAAUGGUCAGCAAGGUGUCGGAUUUGAAAGAUGCUAUUCAUGAACUGAGUGAAUUCCAUAGUGGGCAAAGUGUUUCUAAGAGUGUAGAAUCCUGUUCACAACCACAUGCCUCAAACACUCAGAAAAUGGAGCAGAAAGGUCCAGCAGAAAAUACAAAUGCAACCACUUCUGCAGAUCAGCAUCAGUCCCAGGAUCAAAGUCUAGGAGGAGGUGUUGAUGAAAAUGCAGUGGAGUCAAUUGAAGAGCUUGACAGAUCCACAGAGGAAGACUCAAUGCUUGGCAUGCUGUACGGUGAACCUCUAUCAGGAGAAGACUCUUCAUCUGAAAUGGAUGACACAAAACUUGCCACAAGUAAAAAUACAGUAACAGUGGCCAGACCUGACAGGUACAACAUAGACCAUCCAGAAGGACAAACAGUUCAGUUAACCUCCUCGAGACAACUGAGAAAACAUCUGCAGCCCAUCGUAAUAUUGGAGGCCCUGGAGUCAGUAAAUGGAAUGAGCAACAUGUAUCAUUGCAGAGCUUGCCAGCACACUACCCCCAGUAUAGAUCAUCAAUUUGAACACCAUCAUGGUUGUCAUUCAGUACCCGAUUUUCAUUUUUGCGGAACUUGUAAUCUCUAUUUCAUGAGGAAUGAGCAAGCGAGACAACAUCUGUGUGAUGUCACAAAAAAAAGCCCUCAGCUCUCUUCUGACUCCAGAUUAAAGAAGAUAGUAAAACGCCAUGGCAAACACAGGUGCAUUAAGUGCAAUCUCAAAUUUCCCAAAUUUACUCAGUAUAUCAGCCAUAUGCGGACUCACACUGGCAAAACACCAUAUAAAUGCAAUGAAUGUGGUGUAUAUUUCGCACAAGGUAGUACCCUACGGAGACACAAGAGAACAUCUGGUAGGUGCUCACGUGCAAGGCUUAGAAUUUCAAAAUCUGCCGAAACACCCAAAACUAAAACACGACCCAAAAAGAAGUUGGUACAGAAUAAACUAUAUACAAAUCUGCCCAACUGUUAUGUAAAGCUUGUUGAUAUCUCCAAGACCAACCUGUGCAGAUUAUGUGGUAAGGGUUUUGUAAGUUCAAAGAAGGCCAAAAAGCACUACUACAACAUACACAAGGGAAAGGGUUUAACAGUUUCGUUAAAUCAGUGUACCACAAAACCCAUUGGUGAGAGAACUCAAAAAGCUGGGAUUGAGAUAAGUAAAAAAUUUAAAUGUCCUCUUUGUCCACGGCUUUUUAAGUACUCUUAUAACAGGGCUCGACAUUUGCGUAACUGUCUUAGAGACUUUGUGUUGAAUGGCAAGGGAAAAGUUGGCAAUAAAUAUCCGUGUCCCUUAUGCCACACUAUCUUUACUUUACCAUCCAACCGAUUAAGACAUACUAGGCAGGCAGUUUGCCUUAAAGAAUGUCUUUCUCAACUCGCAAUAGAGAGGGCAAAAUCAUUCCAAGCGGUUGAAAAGAAAAAAGGAGGAAAGAUAAUGGGAAUGGAGCAGAAAACACAAUCUAAUGAAAAUAAGGACAAAACUCUGUCAAAGGACAAUGAACUGAAAAAAGAAAAACCUCAUGCUACAAAAGCCUUCAAGACUGCCCUACUGCACAAAUGCAAUCAUUGUCCUGCAGUUUUUUGUCAUGCUUCUGGGAAAUACAGACAUAUGAAGAAACAUGAGUUGUUUAAACUCACUGGCAAAAUGUUCAGAUACAGGAAUUCCUUUUUGUCCUCUAUGUCUAAACCAGAAACUCUAAGAAGUACACAAGCUGAAGAGGGAGAGGAUGGCUUAACAUCAAUCGAAGAUAAUGUCACUCUUUCCCUGAGCUGUAGAUUUUGUGGAAAACAUUUUGGCACAUCACAGUCACUGAAGUCACAUGAGCGCAUUCACCGGGGUGAAAGACCAUACCGCUGUCUGGAAUGUGGAAAAGGAUUCAAGAAAUGUACCCAUCUGACUGGUCAUAAAGUUGUACACCAAAGGAGGAUACAAUGCACUGUCUGCAAAAAGAUUCUUCCAACUAUUGGAGAACUUAUUCAGCAUAGAAGCUCACAUCUUAAAAGGGGAAAGCUUCAAUGCCCAGACUGCGACCUACAGUUCGAGUUUCCUGCAUAUCUUCUUAGGCAUCUAGAAACCCAUAGAACAAAAGAAAGGAAGGGAUCCCAGCUUGAGGAAAGAACUUUAGUGCAAUUGCAGUGCUCCUUAUGCAAAAAAACAUUUGAUGAUGCUCAAGUACUCAGAAAACAUUGUCUUACACACAUAACUAGGUCGUCGUCAAAUCCGUGUCCAUUUUGCAAACGCAGGUUCGCUUGUCGUCGGAAUUUGCUGCGACACAUGGUCCAACACACUGUGAAAAAAACCCUCUCCUGCAGAAACUGUGGAGAAAGGUUUUUGAGUGACUUGUACCUUAAACAUCACAGCGAGGGAUGUUUUCCUCCUCAAACUGGAACUCCAGAGUCUAACAUUGAGACAAAGAGACUAUUCAAGUGUUCCCAUUGUCCACGGACAUUUUGUAGAAAGGUUAGACUGAAAAAUCAUCAACGAGGCCAUAAGACAAACACACUCGUUCUAUGCUCAAGAUGUGGCGAGGCCUAUGGACGUACCAAGAUAAAUCAACAUCAGAAGAAAUGUGGAGUGCCUACAGAGCUAAACACUGACUCUCUUAACGAUAUCAGUACAGGCACUUCUCAGAGAAACCAGAGACUCCAUGAUAGACUCCCUCAGUCAAAUGCAUCCAAGUUUCAUCAGUUUAAAUGCACUCACUGUAAAGAGAGGUUCCAGUACAGAUCAGUUCUCUUGAGACAUCUUUUUAGACAUACUGGUGUGCAACCCUACAGAUGCAUGCACUGUGGCCUUGGAUAUAGACUUAAGACCAUGUGUUUGCAGCAUGAAACUUUCUGUAACGGAGUUAACAAAGAGGGGCUGUCGAAUGUCAAAAGUAAUGCUGUAGCAAAAACAGUAACCAUUCCAACUUUCAGAGUGGGGGCACAGAGGAGAGCAGAAGGUGAAAAUGAGUUAAAGUGUAGAUUCUGCACCAAGACUUUCAUGAAACCACGAAACCUGAGACGUCACAUUUUGACUCAUAAUGAAGUGAAUCCUUAUCGCUGUAAAGCCUGUGACAGCUGCUUUUCCAGGCAUGAUCAUCUGAAAGUACAUCAGACUCGUUGUAGAGGGAAAAAGCGGCGACUGGAAGUCUGUAUUCCCAAAAUCAGUUUGGAGGACGUUGGCAAGGGUUGGCAAAAUAGGUUUGGCACUGAGCAUUCUGAAACACAAGAGAUUUUUGAAUGCAAAGUCUGUUCAAGAAGCUUCCCAAAUCAGUCUAAACUUUCCCGACAUAACCAGAUGUUCCAUCUUGCUAAAUUAUUCAAGUGCACACGAUGUGGCUCUUCAUUCGCUCAAGAAACGUCUCUGAAGAAGCAUCAGAAAAAGAAGCAGUGCAAAAAGGUCCCCACUGAAACAAAUGCUUCUCCACCACUUAGAACGAAUCCAGCAGAAAAUGUGAUGGAACCUUUUCAGGUGUCGAGAAACCAAAGAAUCCAGAGGAUUAUGCCCUGUUUUAACAAAAAGCACAAAUAUGCUUGCAGCUUUUGUCCCCGUACCUUUGAAAAAAACUGGAAGUUAUCCUUGCACAACCGCCUGCAUACAGGAGAGAAGCCUUUUGCCUGUGAUUAUUGCGGGGAGAGAUUCAUAAGGAAGGAUUAUGUGCAGCGUCAUCUACCAAAAUGCACCAAGAUUGGAAAGCAAAAGAAAUUGCUCUGUGAUAAAUGUGGUGGAUUUUUCUCUAAAGCCAAUCUUGAGAAUCACAAAACAAACUGCACCCCAAAACCACCUUUAUCGAAAGCAACAGUUUGCCAAAGCAAACAGUCAUCUUCGCAAAGCCCACCAAAAGGCUUUUCUUGUGCAUACUGUAGUUCUCGGUUUUUGCUGUUUUCACAGCUACAAGAGCAUUUUUUAAAUGCACACAAGCUUGAAACAGUGGUUCCACCAGCAUCUACGGCACCCCUACAACAUCACCUGUCAAAUAUUCCAAAGAUCAAAGAAGAGCCUUUGGAUGAGACUUGUGACCAAAAGCUCAAUGAUUCUGCAAAGUUUACUUUCAAAUUGGAUUCAACUCUAAAUAGGGGAUUUGUCUGCCCAGUGUGCAAUAUGUCCUUAGUAAAUAAAGCUGGACUCACUGGUCAUCUGCGUGUACACUCAAUGGAGCACCCUUUUAGCUGUACAAUAUGCAAGAAAGGAUUCUGGAAUAAAAAUCUUCUCCGUAGUCACUUCAGGAAAUGUAGAUCAGAACAUAUUUCAGAGAGCAAAGCAACCCAACCGAUGGAGGUCCCUCUGAAAGCACAGAUUGACUUUGCCCUGGAUGACUCUGUUCUAGUUUUCCAAGAAGCCUCUACAGCAACUGGCAGUGGGGUUUUGCAAACCAAUUUUUCCUGCAAAGAGGAAUUUAUCGAAAAAUCCCCACAAGGUUUGGACGGAAAUCAGUUACAAAGCAGCUCAAGUAAAGACACGAAACCUGAACAGUACCAAUGUUCAGAGUGUGAUGAGAGCUUCACAGAUGGCUUACUGCUCAUUAGUCACCUAGAAGACCAUGGAAGAAAGGAACAAGCGAAAAAGCGUACUACAUGUUCUAAAUGUGGACGGGUGUGCUCUAAUCCAGGAAAUCUUACAAGACACAUGUUGAUUCAUGAAACCAACCACAACUUCUCUUGUCCUGACUGCCCCCAGAUAUUCUCCACCACAGCUGAGCUCGAAAUCCACAGAACAUGUCAUGACUCAAAUAGACCCUAUGCUUGCAAACUUUGUAAUCUAAGGUUCUGGACAAGACAGUCUUUAUCUAAUCAUUGCAGUGAAGACCAUCCAGUUGAUGGAUUCUCAUGCCGUUUCUGUCACAAGAAAUAUUCAGCAAAAAAAUCACUAUCAAGGCACUAUAGAGAUAGUCAUCAAAGAGAGCAGAAUGAACUUGCAAGUACUUGUCAAGAAAAGAGCAUCACUGAACAACAAUCAAACAAUCAAAUUAGUACAGCUGAUGAAAGUGAUGAGGAUGAAAAAAAUGGCAGUGAGGACAGUGAUUCAGACUCUGCACCGUACUUUCCGUGUCAUGUCUGUGGCAAGACAUUCCAAACGUCAGAAAGCCUGGAGGAUCAUCAACGGUGUCACCUGGGAGAAAAGCCACAUGAAUGUGAAGAAUGUGGAAGGUGCUUUUUCCAGGCAUCUCAGCUGCAGCAGCAUCAACGAAUGCACAAAUCUGAAUUUCAGUGUCAGGCAUGCGGUAGAGGAUUUGUUUCUCUCUUUGCGUUGCGUAAACAUAAGCAUACUCAUGGUAAGAGUCGCCCAUACCGUUGUACCAAGUGUGGCUGCAGUUUCACAGGAUCCUCUCAGUUAGCAGAACACAUGACCACCCACCGUGAAGAGAGCUUUCCAUGUGAUAUUUGCAAUCGGGUGUUUCUCUCCAAGAGUAGCAGAGCUGACCAUCGGAAAAGCCACUCCAAGUCAAGCGACCAUCCCCCACCUUCAGUUUCGAGGGCAAAGCAGGGCAGUUCUACUUCACCUUCAGAAAGCUCCUCAGUAUUCACAAAAGAGCGUAAAUAUCGUUGUGGUGUUUGUAAUGAGUGCUUCAAAGACCCACAGCAGCUCUCAGAGCAUGGCUGCCUGGCCGACACAGAGCGACCAUACGCUUGUUCAGACUGUGAUAAAUACUAUCUACAUGCAUCUCACUUGAAAAAGCACAGGAAGACUCAUCACUUAUCUUUGUCAAAAAGUGAAUAUCCAUGUAAUCAGUGCAACACUAGUUUGUCUUCCCCUCAGCAUUUCCUAAGCCAUCUUAAAACCCAUAUUGAUCCCGCCGCAGCAAUUAAAAGCAACGCUGAAGAUAACGAUAGAGACAAUUUCAUUUGUCCAGUUUGCCGUCAAUCUUUUAGCAGUGCCAUUGAAUUGAUUGGUCAUUUCCCCAUACAUCCUGAAAGUACAUUUGAAUGCAAAGUUUGCAAAAUGAAAUUUCCAUCUGGGCGCAAGCUUGAAGAACAUGAACAAACUCACCUGACAGCAGCAACUGAAUUUGAAUGCACAGAGUGUGGCCAGAGGUUUUUGGGAAGCAACACUUUCCUUCAGCACCACUGUUCCCAGCAACUGCAUGGGAUGAAGGAGUCCAAAUACUCCAAUCCAUCAGUUGAGGCAACUCCACCAACUUAUCAACCAGCAGCAGAAGAGGAGGAGGUUGACGUUACUGGAGAGGACUUGUUCAAUUGCCCUCAUUGCUCAAUGCAGUUCUCCUCCAAAAGUGUUCUCUUAGAGCAUCAAAAUAAAAUUCACCUAAAGGAGAGGCCAUUCAAAUGUGAGAUUUGUGGAAAAACCUUUGCAGUUCAGCGGUACCUAAGAGAGCAUGUCCGAAGGCAUGGUAUGAAAUCGGCUGAAGUUCCAAAACGGUUUGCAUGCACCCAAUGUCAGAGCGAAUUCAGUACAGAGCAAGAUCUAUCUUUGCAUAGGAGACUGCAUGCUGAAAAAGAAGUGGGAGGUUUCCGAUGUGACAUGUGCUACAAGUCAUUCAGUCGGUGGUCUCUUCUCAAGCAGCACCAAGAAAGUCAUGUUGGUGAAGUUGUUUAUGAAUGCACAGAAUGUGACAAAGCCUUUGCUUUUCCUCACCUGCUGGUCGAACACCAACAGACUCAUGCUGGUCCCUCUCAGUAAAGAUUGUUAGAUACCAUCUACCUUAUCUCUCCUUUGAAAAACUAAAGUAACUUGAAAUCCCCUUCAUGCCUAGCGUACCUCCACUUCCUCCACAAACUAGAGCCAGGUUGUAAUUUUGUCCCUUGUUAGAUACUUAUAAAACUCUUGACUUAUGUUGCUAUGACAGAACAUUGUCUCCCAAGUUUAUUGACAUUGUGUACAUAUAUAUGUUUAUAUUUUUUGUUCUAUUGGGAUUUGUAUAUUCCGGAAAGUGUUUGAAUAUCUAAUGCAGAGGUUGUGUAAAGCUGUUUUAAGAUUCAUUGAUUAACCAUGCUGCAUUAUUUUUUUGAUGUCUUGGAUAUAGGAUUGAAUUUCUGAUCAACUAAGAUCAUUUCUUUCAGACGUUUGACAUUUAUUCUGAAAUUGUUUUUUUCUGUUUCGUUGCCAAUAUGUUAAAUAGUCUAAAAACUGGUUGUUUAAUUAGCUGCUAUGGUAUGAUUGUUCAUGUACUAUGGAAACUUUUGUAAUUUUCAGUUUACCAUCUCCCUGUGUUUACUAUAUAUUUUUUAUGUUGAUACGUUUCUUUUAUUGAUAUCCAAGACGAGUUAUUGAAUAACCUUUUCACAACAUGAGGCUGUGACUUUUCUUAAAGUUAAAGUUAAUAAUUCAGUAAAGACAAGUAGAAAAACAA